GAACACACAGCAGGAUUUCUCGGCGACAGCGACAGUAACUCUUCUGCUAAGUAAUGCCUAAAUUAUAGUAAGUAGCUUGAAACAGAAACUGUACCUAGAUGAACUAGUGGCAUUAUCAUUGUUCUUUUGGUACUCCACUAGGUAGUUUUCCACUUCAUCUCGUUCUGCUGACGGCUCUUUGCAAUCACUUUAACUUCUAUUUUUGUUUUUCUGUUCGCAACUAAAAAAUGGUGGUCGGAUCAGAUGUGAAUAAGCGCACCGAAGAUGCUGUAGCUAUGAUGCUGCUAACCCCUGACCACGGGUUAUGUUCCGUGGCCGACAAGAAGUACAGCGCUGAGAAAAACCCAGUUUUUAGCGACCAAAACGGAGGUGGAGCCCGAAUAGCCAGUGAAUCCCACGUGCAACAAAAUGAUGUAGCGGCUGCAGCAAGUGCCUGCGCGGAGAUUUCCCUGCAGACGCCACUGCGAGGGGCAAUGACUGCUUUACCUGUGCGGUAUGACCUAGAUCAAACUUCACGCGUAGAAACAAUCUAUGAGGCACUAACACGCCUAGGAAUAAUUAAGGACCCCCAACAUCAACAAGAUGACGUCGGGAAGACUGAGAAUAACUUCCAACAUGAAGAUCAUGCAGAUCUAGAACAACGACAACAACCUCAAGAAUUACCCGCAUCUUCUUCAUCUCAAAGAGGUGACAGCCCUGGCAGCAGGUUUAGAAGGAAGGACCAAGAACAGAUGACACCGAGUGCUACCUCGUCUGGGUCGAUAUCUAGUCGUGGUGGGUCAACAUCAUCGGCCUCUCGGGUCCACUCGCCGAAUAAUCCAACUACUUGUUGUCACGAGAAGACGGCUGAAGAGGGGCUCCGCAUUCUCAUUCUGGGGGCUGACGGGACGGGUGAGGGCAGUACCAUUCCGGAAGUGAAGCGAGUCUUUCGGGCGUUGGGGCAAAAACUGUUCGACAACGGGCACGCACGGGGGAGCACGGCCAAGGUGGAGCUCAUGUUUGUGGGUCCUAAUGUGCCUCGCAAUCUUUCACGUGUGAAGCGACAUGCCUUCAAGUUUAUGAACACGACCCAGCAAGUAGCCGAUGGGAGUCGCAAAGCGCCUUGGUGGUCAGGCACCUUUAAGAUUGACAACAAAUUUACGAUACUAGAGGACACUACUACACCUUCAACUCGUACUAAGGGACAGACUCAGGGAGGCAACCUCAACAACAAUACGAAACAGGUGAGCUAUUUGCUAACAGGGAAUGGUCUUUAUCUUCAGACAAGCAGUCCAUCAAGUAUUGAAGCGGCUGCGCAAAGUAAACUGAAAGUAGAACAGGAAAAUACAACCCCAACAAAUGUUGUGAGAGAAAUUACACCUCCUGACCAUCACGAGUUGGAGAUCCUAGAUGACGAACGACUUGCAUUUUCCUCUGCGCCAACGUCAUCAUUAGAAGGCUCUUCUCCUUCAACUUCUUUGGGAGGGAAUGAUACUAAAACAGCUACAAAUUAUAUAACUCCUACUUCUAGCACUAGUAUAAGUGCGACCACGGAAAGAGGGAAAGAAAGACUUAGCACAAGUGCUACCUCGAGCACGUCCGCCGAGCAGAAAGUACAGGACGAGCAAGAGAGAUAUACGCGUACUUCAAACUCUACGACAACGAGCAGUACAACUAUGUCACCUUCAGUUUCUAAAAAUAUAACUUCUGCUGCCUCGCUCUUGCCCCCUGCAACUUCGUCACCGCCAGGGUCGGAGAACGCGUGCACCAGUAUGAAUCGAACGCGAUCUGCCUCAGGUACAGAAACUACAGAGCCCCCAGUUCCCGUUGUAGUGGAGCAGGAGGCUAGCCGAGAACAAGUGGAGAUGGCAUUUGUGUGGAAGCGCGGUCUUUUGCACGACUUGUUGUAUUCUGUCAUGUGCACCACGCAAAAAGGCGAUGAAGAGGCGUUGGUCCUUCGCGUGGGAGAGGACGAACACGAGUACGUGCCGUUGACCGCUUUUGACUGUGCCUUUGCCUUCAAUGCCGGCAUAUGGGGCUACGACUCUUGGCUAGACACCUUCGAGGUGUUGCCAAAGCACCUGCCGAUCGUGAUCACAGGGUACUCAAUCGACGAGGUGGAGCACGACAAGGAAACUAUCGAAGAACGCUUCGGGUCUGUUGCACAGCAAGAAGUAGAAGAACAAAACAAUUCAGAUGAAGCAACAUCUUCUACAUCAUCUUCUAGGGUCAUGAACAAUCGGACGCGCUCGACCUCUUGUAUGAAACUGACGUCAUCAAUUUUCUCGUCCUCUUCAAAGCUUGGCUUUUGUUGGGGAGUGGAGGCGAAUCCUAAUGCUGGUGGUAAUGAACGCGUUGCGGACUACGGCAACGGCCCUGUCGGAAUGCUUCGUGAUAAUGCUGCCUGGUUUUGUUUCGUCAUGGAAGCAGAAGAGGCGUAAAUCGUAAUGAGACGUAAAAACUAGUACUUACUUACAUUAAAUGAAUCGGAGUACUAAAAGAAAUGUGUCGGGGUAGUAGGACGUUGAUCAUGACGAGGUUUCUGGUAGAAGCAGUUGCGAUUUGUGAUCACAAAACGAAACUAAAGGACGGCAACUCACCUCGACGAAAUUGACGGUGGCGCAAGUAAUGUGACAUUUGGCAAGGUCCAUCGGCACCUGCAGACUCAUUCCGAGUCAAGAUGUUUUGGCCCACACCCAUCAGCUGAAAUGACAAGUAAGCGCAUGGUGUACCCGCGCACUCAGCACCAUUUUCAUUUCUGUCAGACCCACUUUUUUACAAUCCACCAUGAUGAACGACUAGAGUCGAGGACACUGGCGAUUGUUCAACGCUAGGGAUUUCCACAUCCGCUGAUGACCUCUAGCGCCACUAUCUGCUGGUCGUAAGAAAUUGAAGUGACCCAAUUGUGAUUCCAUUGUUCCUAUUUUGCACGUGCUGGUUCUCCAUG